AUGGACACAAUAUUUUUGUCCAACAUACCAGAUUCCAAAGGGAUGACUAUGAUUCAAAAAUUCUUUGCAUCGGAUACUGUAUUGGCCACUGGUCUUUUCAACCAGUAUGUCUUACUAAAAAUAUCAGACGAUUCCAAGAUAUUGUGUAAACUGAUUCCUCAAGUGAUCUGUACAAACACAUUUGCCAGUUGUGAUCCAAGCGUUAUUUUGCAUGCACCCCAGAAACUAAUCAAUCCGUUGACAGUGAAACUUGAAAUGCCUAUUAACAAAGAGCACAUAGAACCAAUUUGUGUUGCCAAUGCUAAACGUAUGGUAGUCAGUGUCGUAUUUAAAGAUGUGAAACAUCAAAAUAUAUGGUCCAAGAAUCUUUUUAAGUUGGCUGAUGCCAUCAAACAUAUACUACGUUUGUUUGUAGUACAUAACAAUUGUAUAGUGAACUUAAAAAGGCUUAAUUUAAAACAAAACUUGAAUAUUGAUUUUAUACUUAUACACAAGACUGAUUGCAAGAACAAUGCUGCACGUAUUAAUCCAGAUACUACCAUAAUGGUUAUUAAAACGAUGUCUGCCAUACAAUUUUAUCAGGCAGAAAUUGGAUCAGAAGUGCCACCUUUAUUUGGUAUGGAAUCUCAAGUGAAAUGUCUGAAAAACAUCAUUAAAGCUGCAAGAAAUGGCUGUCGUCCUUUGUGUAAUAUGAUAUUAUUGAUCGGUCCAUCUGGCAGUGGAAAAACAAGUUUAGUUCUUCAUGUUGCUGCAUCAUUAAAGUGCAUACUUUUUAACUUAAUAUCUACAGAUUUCAUAAAUGCUGAUCCCGGUUCUACAGAAUCAGUUAUUCGUGGUUUAUUUAAAAGAGUUAAAUUAUUAUUAGAGCAGGAUAGCAAAACCGUGUGUAUAAUAAUGUUUGAGAAAGCUGAAAGUAUGCUAAAUGGUAAAAGUUCUAACGCCAAACGAAUUUGCGCUCAGAUACAAGAUUGCUUAACAUCAGUUAAAAAUUGUUCUCGACUUAUAGUCAUUGCAACUACUAGCAUGCUGCAUUUAAUUGAUGCAUCUUUUAAACAAGGCUCAAGAUUUUCAUAUGAAAUUUAUAUUGGUGUUCCGUCAGAAAAAGAACGAGUAAAAUUAAUGCGAGGCUUUUGUGGAAUUUCAAACAUAAAUAUUCAAUCUAAUGUCGUGUCAUAUUUAGCUAAAUUAACACCAGGAUACACUGCUGCUGAUUUAGAAUUAAUUUUCAAAGAAAUUCUCAAUGAAUCUCGUUUAAUUUCUGAAUUAGAAAUGGGCGUAUUGUUUGGUACUAUUUCACUUAUUUCCAAGUACCCAGCUUCAUCUUUGAGAUCAGGAAUUGGUCAAAUCAUUACAAAGUCAGAAUCUUGUUCAACUACAAAUUUGGGUGGCUUAAAAAAUGUGAAACUAAUGUUAGAUAUUUGUAUUAAAUGGCCUCUUAUUCAUCCAAAAGCUUUUAAAUAUUUUGCAGUUCCACCACCUAAAGGAGUUUUACUUUAUGGACCUCCAGGAUGUGGUAAAACAAGCCUUGUACGUUCAAUAGCUUCAUCAGCCAAUUUAAAUGUUCUUACAGCGAUGGCUGCGGAAUUAUAUUCUCCUUAUUUAGGUGUAACAGAAGCAAAUAUUUCACAAUUGUUUCAAAGAGCUAGAGCUAAUGUUCCAGCUGUAUUGUUCAUAGAUGAGAUAGAUUCAUUAGUCAGCUGUCGUUCUGAAGAAAAAAAAGGGUCAUCUGGGUUUGAUGACCGAGUUUUAUCAACAUUUUUGGUUGAAAUGGAUGGUAUCACAAAUGAUACAGAAUAUGGGCAAGGAGUUGUAGUUGUGGCAGCGACUAAUCGUCCAGACAAAAUUGAUACUGCUUUAUUAAGACCAGGAAGAUUUGAUCGUCAAAUCUAUGUGCCUCCUCCUCAAACAGCUGAAGAACGUUUUAACAUACUUCAUACUAUUGUUAAUAAUCCUGAACAAAGUAUGCCAUUAUCAGAUUCUUCAAUUUUGAAUGAAGUAGCCUUAAUGACAGUUAGGUUUUCAGCAGCUGAUCUUGCGAGUGUUGUAAAAGAAGCUGGUCUAGCUUGUUUGACUAAAGAUGGUCUUGAGACAUGUACAACAGUUAAAAAAGAACAUUUUGAGGAGGCAUUAGAUAAUUUAAAACCAUCAUUAUCUGAAGAGCAAAUUGCAUGGUAUUGCAAUUUUUCCUCUCAGCAAAAAAAGUAA